AUGAAAACUACCUUCCUGAUUGCUUUGGGGAUUUCAGUCAUUGUCGCAACAACUCAGGCCGUUUGUCCAAAAUGUGACUCUGGGAAGAUCAAGUGUACUCCGAUUCACAAACUGGAUUGCAAAGGUGGACUUGCUCCUGAUCCAUGCAUGUGUUGUGCAGUUUGUGCCAAAAUCAAGGGUGAGAGUUGCGGAGGACCCUUUAACAUAACAGGAAAAUGUGACUGUGGUUUGAAAUGCUUGAAAAGUCCAAAGGAUAUCGAAAAUAUGGGAGAAUUUAAUGCCAAUGGACUAUGUGUACCAAG